ACAAAAUCAGAUAUCAUGAAAAAAAGAAGCAUUUACACUCAAUGGAAAGCUAUUGAAAUGGUAUAAAAAAUUUCCACAACUUCGUGUGACUAUUGUACAAUUAAUUAUUUAACAGAAAGCAAACAUGAACAUGAUCAACGGGUAACGACUUGACAGUUAUUUUUUCCAGAAUUAAAUCGUAUCCUGACAAUGACAAUGCGAUUUUACAUUCGUACCAAUCAGUCAAUCAUGAAAGCUCUAUUAGUGUUGACCAUCUACACUGUCGCAGUGAAAUCGAAUCUGAUUUCAAAUAAGUCUCAAAAUGAAUACAUGAAAAUUAUUCAAUUGUAUUCUAGUUCCAUUUUGUAUAUAAUUGAUAAUUAUUAUGAAAGUAAAAUUUAUCCAAUAUAUGUGUUAUACAAUGGUAUGGAGUCAGAUACAAUGUUAUUCCAGCAAGAUAUUUCAAAUGCAAUGUUAGGCAGUGCAAGUAAAAAUUCGAACAAUAUAUUCUAUAUAUCGUGCGAACAACUUGGACUACCAAUUUAUCAUAGUGUCAUGUUCAUUGAAAGCUAUGAUUCCCUUAGAAAAUCUUAUUCCAAUUUCGAUAAUUACCACUCAUCGGGCCGGCACACUAUCAUUUUGAAUAGUAGCAGUACUUCUAAGCCAAUUUCACUGAACACCCUUUUCAAAAACUUGUGGUCCUCAAACAUUACAAAUGUCGUUGUUCUAUCAAAUAUAGACAAUAAUAGAAGUAUUGAAAUUUACACUUAUUUUCCUUUUCAUGAGGAAAACUGUGAUCGAAUAGAAUCCACCAUUUUAACGAAAUUUUAUCUCGAUAAUCCUCCCGACAAAAAUAUCAUUUUAUUUCCAAAUCGUUUGACAAAUUUUCACAAUUGUUCCGUAAAAGUUGGAACGUUUGACGUAAAGCCUUAUAUAAUCGAAGAACCAGAAAAUAACAAAAUCAAAUUUAGUGGCAUAGAAGCUAGACUAGUUCAAAUUGUAUCGCAGAAAUUAAACUUCAACAUCGUGUACCAAUCUCCAACUAAUAAUGUUCAGUGGGGAUUUAUCCGUCAAGAGAACAGCACUGGCCUUAUGAAAAUGAUUCAAACGAAAGAGGUAGAUCUCGGGGUGGCAUGCAUCGCCUUGUCACCCCCUCGUAGUCAGUACCUUCAAUCAGGAGUGCCUCAUUACAUUUCUAAAAUACUGUUCGCCAUUCCUGACGGUCGUUUGUAUACGCCACUGGAGAAGAUUGUCCGACCGUUGGAAACAGACACGUGGUUCGCGCUGGGAUUUAGUCUAAUUUCGUUCAUAUGUUCAACAAUACUUAUCCAUCGAAGCUCUCAACACCAUUUCAAGAUGAAACCUGUACUAAUCAUCAAUAUUCUGAACAUGUUGUUUGGUGGCUCCAAUCCCAAUCCACCUCGCCAAAACUAUGCAAGAAUACUACUGUUUUGGUGGAUUUAUUUUUCUUUCCUAAUUCGAACGAUUUAUCAAGGACUGUUGUUUAAAUAUCUCCAACAUGACCAAAGAUGGCCCAGAUUAGAAACCAUUUCGGAUGCUGAAAAGGAAGGACUUACAUUUUAUAUGGUAGACGUUGCGGAAAGAUACUUUACUCACAGUCCGGAAGUGCUCAGAAGAACAUCAUUUCUACCACAUGAAACCGACAAUGUGAUCCUUGCAUUGGAGCAGAUGGCACAGCAUGAAAUCAAAGGAGUUGUUCUUGUAUCAUUAAAUCACAUUGCUUACCACAACAAAUUCAAUUCAAAAUUAGGAAUUAUCUACGCUAUGAUCGAUCCAGUUGCCACUUACUCUGUCGCGGUUCACUAUCCAAGAAAUUCACCGUUAGUGGAUAUUUUUGAUAGAAUAUUCCUUCAGCUGCAAGCUACUGGCAUUGUAAACUAUUGGGCCAAUAAGUAUGGAGAUUACGCAUUUUUGGCCAUGAAAUUGGACAACCCUGCUGAACCAACACCGCUGGGAAAUAACCAUCUCGCAGGAUUAUACAUAAUAUUCUCAAUUUCUAUGUUUAUCGCUACAGUGGUGUUUAUUGGUGAAAUUCUGUCUGCACAAUUGAGGGAAUUGUUUUAUCGAAAGUUUUGUUUGUGA